AUGAAAAGUGUUUGCUGCUCUUUUUGUUCUUUAGACGCAAUCUUUAUAUCAGAUCGUGACAAUUUAAAAGCAUGCCCAAAGCAUAAAUCUAAAGUUCAUGAGCCAAAACGAAUAAAAAUCCCAAUCAACAAAGAAUCCAAAAAAAUCUUAUACAAUUUUGCCCAUACAUUAAAGAAGAGAUUUAAUGCCCGACUUGAUGGUUUAAUUGAAGAAAGCAAAAUAAAUCAGAAUAAUGAAAAAUACGUGGAAGAACUAAGCUUGAUGGAUAAGGCUUUGCAUGACUGCAAUCGUUUCGUAAUUCAUUUUUUGGAGAAGCAAUUUGUUGAGACGAAGCUCAUUUUAAGUCCCUUUGAUUAUUUUUUAACUCAGCCAAAGGAAAAAGCACAACAAUACAUAGAAAAGCUUGGAGACCAGAAUGAUUUAUUAAGAUUAUAGAGUUUUCCCCUAGAUAGUCCUGCAAGGGCUGUGGAUUCUGGGUGGAAUCUUUCAGUUAGUCAGACCAACUCAGUACCUUAGUCAGACCAACUCACUUGCUGGUUCCACCAACCAAAAAUUCCUUCCAGAAUCCACAGUCCUUGCAGGGCUAUCUUGGGGAAACCCCUAUAUAUCGAUCAGUUAAAAUACAUUCAUUUGAUUUCAAUUAUUUUAAAUUUGAAGAUUCAAAAUUUAUUCAUGGCUGGGUUUAUAAGUCUUCUUACAAUCUGCACGAUCAUCUAUUGGAUUUCUGAGUUAGAAUAUUUUUAGAUUUUAUCAAAAUAGAAGAAUAUGAAAUGGCAUACGAAUGAUAUCAAAAUUUGAAAAGUGAUUUAUUCCCCUUCUGUGAGCGAACAAAAACAUUAAAAAAAUCCCUAUUUUAUAGAACAAAUUUUUUUCAAAAUAAUGAAAAAUAUAUUUGAUAUAUAAUUGAUAAUUAUAGUGAAAUCUCGAACUAAUUCUGUUUUAAAAUUGAACAAUACACAUUAAAAUAAAAUUUACAAAUUAAAUUAAUUUUUGCUUCUCAAUUUUUACGAAUUGGAAAUUUUUUUUAAUUUUUAAAAAAAAAAUUCCUAUAUAAAUUUUUUUAAAAAAACAAAUUAACCCCCUCCGUGAGCGAACAAAAAUUAUUUUUCGCUCACGAAGGGGGAGUUAGAAUUAUAUGGAAAUACUUCGGAUAUGAUUAAACGUAUUUUAGUUUUAUUUGGUGAAAUUUUUGAAAAAAAAAUUAUACAAAAACAAGAUUAUUUUCAGCUCGAAAAACAAUGAAAACAAUUAUUAAUAAAAAAUAUUGUUGGUAAUUUAUCAAACAAAUUUGUUGAUAAUCCAUUUAAAAAUAUAAAGUUUUUGGGAUGUUUAUUUUCGAAUAUGACAACUAUAAAUCCUAUCGAUUUGUUGAAAUAUUUAUUUUCGAAUAUGACAUCUAUAAAUCCUAUAGAUUGCUUACUCCCCCCCCUCCGUGAGUGAACAAAAAAAUUUUGUUCACUCACGGAGGGGGUUAAUUUUUUUUUUUUUAAAAAAUUUAUAUAUAAAUUUUAUAAAAAAUAUUUUUUUUUUGAAAUUUAAAAAAAUCCUAAUUCGCCAAAAUUGGAAAGCAAAUAUUAAUUUAAUUUAUAAAAUUUAUGCUUUAAAAAGCAAUUUAUUUAAAAUUAAACAGAAUUAGCACUAGAUUUCAUAUUACUAAUUAUCAUUUAUAUAUCAAAUUUUUUUUCCAUAAAAAUUUUUCUAUUUAAAACAACUUUUGUUCACUCACGGAGGGUGGGUUUUUGGGCAAAAAAUGACGAUUUUUCUAAUGGUUUUGGUCACUUUGGAGGGGGUGGGAGUUAGUAUAUUUAUUUUGUGAUCUAGUGCUUCAUAUGGCGUCUAAAGACAGUAAUGCUUUUAAAAUUUACUCUAAAAUCUCUCUUAUUGCAGAAUGCUUUUCUCAAUUUCAUUCUAAUUUGAUUGCAAAUAGAAUUAACCAAGAGCUAGGAUUGCUCUAUUAUGGCAAUAAAAACUAUCACGAAGCAAUAGAACAUUUUAAGAAAUCAAUUGAUUAUCAUAAAGAGCGCCUGCGAAAAGACUCAUGGGACAAUAAGGAGUUGGUCUGAGAUGAAUCCUUAAGCUAUUUAAUUGAAGCCUAUCGUUGUUUAGUAAAAGCACAUAGUGCGCUAAAAAAUAAUAAAGAGAUUAUAAGAAUUCUAAAACUAGUUGAAUCUGAAUGUUCAGAAACUAAAGAUAAACUUCUUUACGACGCAACAACUGGAGAGAUUUAUUAUUAUCUCAAUGAUUUUGAUAAAGCCUAUAAAAUAAUAUGAAAAUGCAUUAAAAUAUGUAAACAGAAAAAGUUUAUAAAUUCGUAUGAAUUAUCAAAUUUACGGCUUUUAUUAGCAGACAUUUAUGUCUGAAGAGGCGAUUUUAAAAAAGCACACGAAUCUCUUUGUGAAGCUAAAUCUUUCUACAGCAUUUUACCUAUAGCAGAUCCAAAUGAGCAAGAAAUGUAUAAAACAUUUGGAGUAUUCUAUUUAAAUAGGCAGUGAUAUGAUGAUGCUCUAAUAAACUUUGGAAAAAUAACAGAUAGAUGACCUAGUCAUGAGCUGUUAUUUGCCAAGUUUUCUAUGGGAAUUGCUUAUUUUUGAAAACUGGAUUAUCAAAAUGCACGGGAUUUUUUAAAUGAAGCAAAAAGCAUGAUGUCUAGUUAUACUGAAAGUAAUAAAAAUGAGCUAUUUAUUGCAAAUGCAUACCUUGGAGCAUUAUUCUAUCUUCAAGGCAAUUUAGAAGAUGCUGAUAAAUAUUUUUCUGAAGCAUUUGAAUUUAUUGAUUACUAUGAUAUUUUAAAUAUUGAUAUAUUUCUAAAAUCCCAAAGAUUUGUUUUUAAUUAUUUUUAUGGGAAAAAUGACUAUGAAAAAUGUGGGGUUAUUUUGUUGAGAUUUAAAGAAAUAUUAGAAAAUUACAAUCAUCUGAAAUUUAGAAUGCCUUUAUAUUUUAUUCAACUAGCAGAGCUGCAUAUAGUUUUAAAUGAAAAGGAGCAAGCAAAAGAGCGUUUAUGUGAAGCUGAAAAGUUAUUGAAUAUAGACAAAAUUUUUAUUAUUUCCAAAAAAUCUAUAAAAAUCAAUGACCUAGAUUGUAUAAGUGACUAUAUAGAUAUUGCCAAAAUUUAUAUUUAUUUAUUUAAUAUUUCUGAUGAAAGUCUUAGAAAGGCAGAAAAAAUUUUAAAAUACGCUGAAGAUGUUGUUAGCGAAAAGAGACGCAAUGAUCAAUUUUCAAAACUAGAUGUCUAUAUAUUGCUUGGUGAUCUAUAUUUUAAAACGCAAAGAUAUAAAAAGUCAAAACGUUAUUUUAGCAAGGCAUUAGAUUUCCAGGAAAAAAUUAACCAUAACUUAAACGCAGUGAGAGUUCUUAAUCAAUUAUUAUUUGAGAUUGAUGAAAUAUUGGCUAGAAAGGUUAGAAUACAUAUCUAUUAA